AUGAUGGAAGCAGCACUAGCACGACACGCUGCUGAAGGCCCUUCAGUCUCCUUCAACAGGGUGGACCCGUAUCGCACACCACCCAACCGUGGCCAUCUCGCGCUUCAUCCUGAAGAAGCUCAAAAUUCUUACAAUACUUCUUCACCCUCUAACAACAUACUUCACACGCCCCGCAGAGGUCGUCGAAUGGCCGGCGUGGAUAUUUGGGGGACUCCGCCCCCUUCCAUGGCGCCCACCACGGUGCCACGCUUAGAGAAGCGACCUUCGAACACCGAGCGACAGCAAAAUCCAUCCUUGGGAAGGGGACGCAGCGAAAGCAUUGGAGACGUAAAAUUUCACAACAAUCACGUCACACCUCGCAAACGGCGCAACGGUCAAAUUUCUAGCGAUGAGAACGCCCCUACACUUGUCGACAUUGGCGGAUGGGCUGCUGCAGGGCUCAAUGGCUACAAAGCAGGGCCCUCAGCUCGCGAAGCCGCCGCGCUCGGAAUCAUUUCGCCACCAACCUCUCUGAUGAGCGCAGACGAACCUCACACUGCCAUACAAGCAUCGCAAACUCCGCGUUUCGAUCAUCUUCUGCUUUUCGGUGACGGACUUACGUCCGCCUCACCCAGCAAGAUACCCAAAGUUGAACAAAAGUCAGCCCUUGUCGCGGUUGAGGUUCCCGGACGCGGCCGCCUCAUAGUCAGCCCUUUGGUUGCUGCGCAGAUGCAAGGAACCCCUUCGAUGGCGGUUGGUAACAGCACACCUACCAGCUCAAAGCGGAGACCAACGCAGACGCCGAGCUCUCAAAGCACUGGUCUCCGAAGUGUCCCAAGCCCAAGCUUCAGUCUUGCCAGUCACUUUCCUGCCAGCUCCUUUGGAGGUUCACCGUCACCUGCUAUAGCCAGGAUGCAGUCCUCGCAAAGCCCCCGCAAAGGCCACGUUGCCAGUGCAGCUCUUACUGCCGAAGCUGAGGCUCCCACGCAGACUCCGAGUUGCGAGAUGAGUCUGCCAAAGCUUGGUCAAGGCCUUGGACCGGGCAUCGACGCACAACUACCGGGCACGAGCGAGGGUAGUACCCACAAUAUUCCCCAGCUGUGCUGCGACGCGCUCGGCAGGGACGAGAAGGACAGUCGAAUGGGCGGUAUCGCACGCUGGCUUGAGCGAAGAGACGACGAGGCUGCGUCGUCAGCACCUCAAUCCAAAAUCCUCUCCGAUGUGGUCUUGGCCGAUGCGUUCUACGCCGAUGGAGAGCGCAAACGCGAAGAGGUCCUGCGAGUUCAGGAUCAGCACCAGCAUCCCAUGGUGGCUAAAGCCUUGCGCGAUCGCGCACGUCGAGAAGCAAUGGCGCGAAGCUACUCCAUGCCCGACAUGAGAUCCCAGCCGCAAGGUAUUGUGUCGCCUCGCAGGAGAUCUCGGAAGGCAGACAGCGGAUCCAAGCACUCUCAAGGACGGUCAUCUCGUUCGAGGAAGAAGCUCGAGAAGAAGUUGGCCCAAGCUGCUGCUGCCAAAGCUGAACUCACUGCGAUCGCACACUCGACCGCAAAAGACGCGAGGCAAAAGAGCUCGAGAAGCAAGGACACCUUGCGUGCUGGUACGAGAGGCGCACCGGACUCGGCUUUGUUGACCCCUAGCGCAAGGACGACGGAUGCUCUUCUUCUUGCGGCCUCGCCAUCCAUCAUAGGCUGUUCAUGUGGUCAUGCGGAGACCUUGGGCGCCAUGGUCCGGUGUGACGCUUGUCACAGCUGGUACCACUUGUACUGUCUGGGUAUCGCUUCAGAAGACGACCUAGACGAAGAGUGGUACUGCGAUGGCUGCUGCGAAGGCUAUCUCCACAACGCCUCCCCGGGUGACCCCGAUGACAUUUCGACCGGAUUCUCUUUCGGAGACUCGGCCAACAGCACACCGCUCGAGGGCCUGUUGCAGCAGCUCAGUCAGGAAGCGCAGGCUUCUGCACGUAGCCAGCAAGAGCCCGUGUUUGCCCAUCCCACAGAAAGCCCAGCAGCACUGCGCAGCACGCGCUUCGAUGCUCUGGCUUUGGCACCCAGCCCACGACUUGCUUCGUACCACACGCGUGGCGAGCGGGAGCAGUCGUUCGCCGCUACAGUUGGUGCUUCGACGGCGGCAGGCUCAUCGACAGGUACUGCCGCAACUUUUGCGCCUGCCGUUCGCACGCGCGCUGCUCGAUUUGGCUCGUACUACGUUGAGCCAGCCUCGCCACUUGACCGCAAGAGCUUCGACCCACACAGCGAUGCACCAGCAAGCCCCAGUCCAAAUCGUCGGCGCAUUGCCACCUUUGCGCUGGACGAUCCGUUUGGCACUCCUAACCUGAUGCUGCCGCGUGACAGCUGGAGCACGCAUGAGCAUGCUGACGAUACUUGGCAUGUCCAUGCCUCGAGCGACGAGACGACGAAGAGCCAAGGUGUCAAUGAGGCAGGACGCGAGAGGCCAGCGCGUACUCCCAGCCCUGCCGUGAUUACCUCCGCUUUCGCGACGCCUAGCCGCCAUGCGAAGACGUCGCGGCUCCACGGCAGCAGCGGCGGAAGCAGCGGCUCGCGGGCGCGUUACGGAACAAGUCACAGCAGACCCGUCGAGGGCGACUACAAUCCAGACGAUCCCUUCUCGACCCCUUCGAGGCUCAUGAUAGGUGGUUCUUCUCCGUGGAGUCAGCCAUCUACCUCCGGUGCCGGAGCCUCGCUUGCGUCGCCCAGCCAGCGCCGCAAUUCCCACGCACCUUGGCUUGGCACCCCCCCUACCACGGGGCUGCUCGGCACAGCUUUCGGAGGACACAAGCAUCCUUCCUCGGCUGUACACACUCACGAUGACUCAGACUAUGGCGUUGGUCUGCCGUCCCUCGCCUUCUCGACAAGCGUCGGUGACCGGUUGCAAGAUGGAGGCUCGCACCAGGAGCACCACAGCUGGCUGCUGCCGUCACCAAGCACAUCCACGUCUGGCGCUAGAUUCGGUUCCAGCAGCGUUCUUCACACUCCCGAACUCCUCUCACAGCGCUCUAGAGGGACCAACGUUUCGUCAGUGAGGAGGAGCGCAAGACGUUCGUCUGGUCAACGUGACGAGGACGAGCUGCCAUCCAGCAGCCCCUUGCCCAGGACGCCUACUCACGACGAAUACAGCCUCUCCGUCACUGCUACUGGCAGCCCUCGCCUGCGAGGCGUAUUUGCAACACCGUCUAGCUCCAAGAGAUUGGCGAGCCUUACCUCCAGCAGCACCAAAGAUCCUCUGGAACGUCAAGUAGCACCCAGCUCGAUGACCAACGGGACAAAAGGGCAAUCCGCACCAUCGCACACAACUGGUCCAGCUCAGCACGCAUCCAAAGCUCGCGUGGCAUCAGGCAGCGAACUUGCAGGACUCGGCAUCGACAUGGACUUUGAGGAUAUUCUCGACAUUAGCCAAUGA